AAUCGACAUGUUUGUUUAAAGUGGACCACAAAACUUUAUACCUGUCUAUUGAACAAUUUAACAAUUUAGCUGACUUUUUCUAAUAACAUAAAAUUCAGAUACACAAGUGUACUAAUUAUUUUACGUUUAAAUCUUUUUAAUGACACGUUCAUUUUAGUUUAAUACGUAACUGUAUACGGACUUGGGAAAUUUUAUAUCAAGCAACCAAUAGUUAAUCCCAAAAAUGGGAAACAAAUCAUCGAAAAAACAAAUCACCCCAAAAACUAUGGAAGAACUUCGGAGUCAUAUUGAUGUUGAGUUUUCAACAGAAGAGAUCCAAGACUGGUAUAAGGAUUUCAGAAAAGACCUCCGUCAUGGGGAAACAGAACUCAAUAAAACUGCAUUCAUUAAAGUAUACAACAGUUUGUUUUCUGGUGAUGCCUCCGAAUUUGCAGAACAAGUUUUUAGGACGUUUGAUCGUGACGGAAAUCACUCUGUGGAUUUUAAAGAAUUCAUUUUAGGACUUUGCUUAUCAGGAAGUGAAAAUGCAGAGAAAAAAUUAAAAUGGGCCUUCAAUAUGUACGACAUUGAUCAAAAUGGUUAUAUAACAAAAGAGGAGAUGGCCCACAUUUUUAAGGCUAUAUGUAAAAUGACGGGCAAAGUACCACAAGAAUUCGAAUCACCAGAAGACAUGGCGGAGAAAAUCUUCACUAUGCUAGACAAAAACUCCGACAGUGCUAUUAGUCAACAAGAGUUUAUAGAGGGAGCUGAUAAGGUACAGAUCCUUGUGGAUUUUCUAAGUUGUGACCCUGACUCGUGAAGAAUUUUUGGCCGAGAAAUAUCUCAACCUUAACUAGACGAUGUGCUUGAUAAAGUAAUUUUAUGUUAUCAGUGUUUACAUUUCACAAUAAAACAUAUACAUGGUA